CGAUCUCAUUGGGCUCAUAGUCUCACAUAAGCUUCGUAUGCUCUGAAAGUUGGUGGUCAGCUCGAAAAGCUAUUGAUUCAUAAAACUAAAGUCUCUCUGUAGUAACUGCUCUGAUUCACGACGAGAACCUAACAUACAUUCCAGUCCGGACCUUUAGCUGGGAGUCCCCCCCCCUCCCCACGCCCCGAGUGGCUCUGCUGGAGCAGAGAGGUUAAGUGCCUUGUUUAGGGACGGCUAGAUGAGUUGGCUGCCGCGCGGACGACAGACAAAUCCACCCACCCACCCACCUCGCCCCCCUGUGGUUUCGAACCGUCAACUUAUCCGUCCCAUUAACAGCUUCUACGACAGCUACCUUCUCUGUAAAGAAACCAGGGAGACCCCCUUGUGCCCCUGAGUAACUUGUAGUCUUGGUUCGCCUUUAAAUUUCCUCCGUGGCUGGGUACUACAUCUGCCACUGCCAUCAGCGGCAGCAGCGGCAGCGCUGCUUCUUGAUGUUGUGGUCGGGAAUACGCAUGCGCCCGGCAUUGGAAUUACUGCACUGGCAAGAAUAAGUUGGACCUCGACUGUCUUCACCAAAAGAAAAAAAAAAAACAUAAGUAUGGCAGUGUUCAGAAAAAACAGAAUGGAGUGUUUUUGCGUGUGGUUGUUCCCUCUCGUGGUGGCCGUGGUACGCGCCCAAAGUGCCGGUGUCAGUGACCCUAGCAACAUGUCUUUGGUUAAAGAAACGGUGGAUAGACUGUUGAAAGGUUAUGAUAUACGAUUGAGGCCAGAUUUCGGAGGUCCUCCGGUUGGUGUGGGAAUGAAUAUAGACAUAGCCAGCAUAGACAUGGUAUCAGAAGUUAAUAUGGACUACACAUUGACGAUGUACUUUCAGCAGGCCUGGCGGGACAAGCGGCUGUCCUACUCUGAGAUUCCCCUCAAUCUGACCUUAGAUAACCGGGUGGCUGACCAGCUCUGGGUACCUGACACCUACUUCCUCAACGACAAGAAAUCAUUCGUCCACGGUGUCACAGUGAAAAACAGAAUGAUCCGACUGCACCCAGAUGGUACCGUUCUGUAUGGUCUAAGGAUCACCACCACUGCCGCUUGUAUGAUGGACCUGAGAAGGUACCCACUGGACGAGCAAAACUGCACGCUCGAGAUAGAGAGCUAUGGUUACACUACAGAUGACAUUGAGUUCUACUGGCGCGGAGGAGACAAUGCAGUAACGGGCGUGGACAAGAUUGAACUGCCCCAGUUUUCCAUUGUGGACCAUAAGCUCAUCUCCAAGAAUGUCGUCUUCUCCACAGGUGCGUACCCUCGUCUAUCCCUGAGUUUUAAGCUGAAGAGAAACAUCGGGUACUUCAUCCUGCAGACAUACAUGCCUUCUAUACUUAUCACCAUCCUCUCCUGGGUCUCCUUCUGGAUCAACUAUGAUGCCUCCGCUGCCAGAGUGGCUCUAGGUAUUACCACGGUGCUCACCAUGACGACUAUUAACACCCACCUGAGGGAGACCCUCCCCAAAAUUCCCUAUGUCAAGGCCAUAGACAUGUACCUCAUGGGCUGCUUCGUCUUUGUCUUCUUGGCUCUGUUGGAGUAUGCGCUGGUAAACUACAUAUUCUUUGGACGGGGCCCUCAGCGUCAGAAAAGGGCAGCUGAGAAAACUGCUACAGCCAACAAUGAAAAGAUGAGGAUGGAUCCAAACAAGUGGCUGGUGGGGAAUGUAGUUGGCAGAGAUGAUACUCUGUAUGCAAGGAUGAAACAAAGGGAUCUUGAUGGUCAUGACACAAUGUGGGAACCAAUCUUUGUGGAUGAUGCAGCAAUUGGACUUGGCGAUCAAAAGAAUAAGAUGGACCCACAUGAAAACAUCCUUUUGGGCACCCUCGACAUCAAGAAUGACAUGGGUGUUUCAGAGCUGGCUCUGGGUCUCAAUGACCCAAGAAAUACCAUGCUGACAUACGACAGCUCAACUCUACAGUACCGCAAAGGAGGACUGGCCAGGCACAACUUUGGCCGAAACACGCUCGAGUGCCACAUGAGUCAAAAGAAGAGCAGACUACGGAGGCGUGCUUCACAGCUGAAGAUCACCAUCCCAGACUUGACUGACGUAAACUCUAUUGACAAAUGGUCGAGGAUGAUCUUCCCAACUGUCUUUUCCUUCUUCAACAUUGUUUACUGGCUUUACUAUGUCAAUUAAAAGAAAACAAGGACAUCAGUGAGGGCAGGAACAAACAGCAAAAUAUGUUGCUCAUUUCUUGUUUGUAUCUGGUUUGUUUCAUUUUUUAUGUAAUCUUGUUACACUGGACUGAAUUAUUCUAUUCAGGACUGGAUCCGUCAUAUCUUGGAAUACCACGUUUGCUGACUAACACAUGAAAACCUUAUAGAAGAGAGAUUAUAAACAUAUAAGGUGCCUGUUCCUGAGUAACUGCUUAAAAUUUUACACAUUUUGUGAAUUUUUUAAAUGUUGGUUUGCAUUUUUUUUUUUUUACGUUUUUAUCAUGUUUUACUGCUACAUAGUUCAUUGCCAAAAUAUCUUAUCAGUUACAAAUUGACAAGUUGACACAUUUUAAUUAUCAUUUAUUUUAACUGACACUACUUAAAAAGUGCUGAAGCAAGUUCAGGUCAACAGGGUUUUCUAUGUUUCAAUAUGUCAAAGAAUCAAAAUGUAUUGUUACUAAAAUUAAUUUCGUACUAAUAUAUAAGGGCAUGAAGUUCACAAUUUACAAUAUCAUGUCAUUUGAAAGAAAUUUCAAAUCAGUCUUUUUCUACUUUAAUAUAUAAGGAGAACUAUAUAAUUAAUUUUUGAACAUUUUCUCAGUUCAUAAACCACUUAAAUGAGGUGGCAUUAACUGAUAUCAUGUAGGAUCAUUUUAAAACUUCCAGGUUUUAACUCAGAUUGCACUAAAGAAGCCUGUUGAAGGUCACAAAUGGCAUAAAAAAAAGCAUAAAAAUAACAUAGCUAAUAACUUGUCUUUAUUGUGUCCUGUUCAUAAUAUCAAACUGUUCAGAGUAGCAUAGGGUAAAAACAAAAAGUGUGAAAGAGAAAUAUGUAAUAAAGAAAAUAUCAAAUAUUUAUCUUCAGCCAAAUUGGCUUUACUUAUAUAUCUGUAAUUAAUGAUUUUGGAUUUAACCCCAAAGCACAAACACAUGGUAUGGAUGUCUUUGAGGAGGACUGUAUCUGAUGAACGUAGUUUAGACUUGUAAAUAUCACCUGUAUAGCAAUUAUUAAAGGGUAGAAACCUAGAAAACUCCCUUUUCAGCUUCUCACUUUUUCAGAUACUGAUAAAAACAAAUGUUCACAACUGCCGAGAAGUCACUUUAUUAGCUAUGAUAAUUCAAGAGCAUGUACUGUAUGUCAACGCUAAAAGGACUCAGUUGGUCCAUCAGAAGGCCAGUACGCACAAAAAGCACAAAUAUCAUCAAAAAUCUGUUUGUUUUAGCAUAAUUUUCUUACGGAGAUCAUUUUUCUUUUUAUCGCCAAUGAGUUUAAAUAUUGUAUCUGCCUCCUAAACCAGAUUACUAUAUUAUAGGUGUAAAGUCUCUUACUUAUGUAUUGUUUCCAGAUUGAAAAAUAGACUGGUGAUCUUAAGGGACAUAUCAGUAAAUUCAAAAUUAACUUAUGAAAGAUAACUACAGAUUAUUUACUGUUGAUCCUGUGCUUCUGACUUUAUGUGCAAAAGGUAGAUUUUCUAAAAGAUUUUGCACACGUUCUUAAAAGCCAUAGAGGCUGUACCGUAGUUCUUCUGAUACAUGGUGCUUAUGAGGGGGUGUCUUAAAAUGAACUUUGUUGAUAUGAAUAUGAUCAUACUUUAUGUUUCAGUUACAGAAAGGUAAAAAUAUAACUAGGGCUGCAUUACAUGACUAUCUUAUUCCUUUUCCCAUAGAUUUGCCACAUUGUGAAUAUGAAUGAACUCUUGUGUUAUGGCCUCUUCUUCUGUGCACACACGAAGUAUCAAAUCAUUCAUCAAAGAAUGAAAUUUGGAAACAUGGAGAAAUGAGAACUAGCAUCUGGAGCUGUUGUCUGCUUUGUCUCGUGUUCUUCUUUAGAGUUCACU